AUGACUGCUCAAACUCCAAAAACGUAUGACGAUUUAAAGGAUGCUUUUCAAUCUUUUAUUUCAAGAAGAGAUAAAGAUAGACAUAUGAACAUCUUUUGGGAAACUAAUCCUUCAAAAUUUGAUAAUGGUAAUCAAUCUUUAAUUGAAUUAUCUGGUGGGAUGCCACAUGAAUCAUUUUUUCCAAUUGAAUCAAUUAAUCUUAAUAUCUUAAAGGAACCUGUAUCAAAUGAUACUAUCGCUGCACUUGUAACAAAAGAGAAACCUGCAGCUUUACCAUUGGCAAGAACUUUACAAUAUUCAUUGUCCGAAGGGUUCCCUCCAUUGAUUGAAUUUGUUAAAAGAUUUAUCACUAAAUUAAACAACAUUCCUUUAUAUGAUACGAAUUUAUGGAAAGUCGUAUUGGCUGGUGGUUCAUGUGAUUCUCUUUUCAAAAUUUUUGAAACUUGUACAGACGAAAAUUCAACUGUAAUGGUAGAAGAAUUAACUUUUGUCCCUGUUGUUUCAAAUAUUAUUAAUACAGGUGCUAAAGUUAUUCCAUUAAAAUUGAAUUUAAAUAAUGAUGAUGAAGGUAUCGAUUUAAAUUAUAUGGAAUCAUUAUUAUCAAAUUGGGAAACUGGUCCAUAUAAACAUUUAAAUAGACCUAAAUUUUUAUAUACUAUUCCCACGGGUCAAAACCCAACUGGGUUAACACAAUCUGUUGAAAAGAGACGUAAAAUUUAUAAAUUGGCUCAAAGAUUCAAUUUCAUUAUCCUUGAAGAUGAUCCUUACGGUUAUUUGAAAUUUCCAAAAUAUAAUCACGAAAACCCAUUGGAAAACCCAUAUAAGGAUGAUCAAUCAAUUACUUCUGAAGAAUAUAUUAAAAAUACAUUAAUGAAAUCUUAUAUCAGUAUGGAUACUGAUGGUAGAGUCAUAAGAUUCGAAACAUUUUCUAAAAUAUUUGCACCAGGCAUGAGAUUAUCAUUUGUUAUUAUGAAUAAUUUCUUUUACGACAAAUUUUUGAAAUUUCAAGAAAUCUCAACAAGACAACCAUCUGGUAUUUCUCAACAAAUUGUUUAUUCAACAAUUCAUUCAAUGACAUCUUCCAAUUAUAAUAACGAUGUUAUUGAAUCAUGGUUACAAUGGAUUAUGAAAUUGGCUUGCAAUUAUACCGAAAGAAGAAAUGUUAUGUUACAAACACUUUACGAAUCUGAAUCAUUCAACAAAGCUCAAUUCUCUGUGGUAGAACCAUCUGCUGGGAUGUUUAUUAUUAUCAAGGUUAACUUUAAUGAAGCUAAAGGUGAUAUUAUUAGUCAAAUGGGUAAAUUGUUUAACUUAAUGGAUAGCAAUGGUGUAAGAGCCAUUUUAGGUUAUAAGAUGGCAUUUGAUCAAGAAUUUUCAAAAGAUCAUUUGAAUUUCUUUAGAUUGACAUAUGCUUAUGCAGAUGGCAAUAAUCAAAUUAAAGAAGCUAUAAGUAGAAUAAACAAAAGUUUGCUAGAAUAUUUUGAAUAA